ACUUUGCAUGAGGAAUAUAGACAUUUGAAUGGAUCUAGAGGUAAAAGGAGUGGCAGCAUCUAGGAGCCAGACUCGGCUGUUUUCUGGAAGAAAGAAUUCACUGCAACAAGGAUGGACUUCCAGAUCAUGGGCAAUCCCAAAUUCCUGCCUACCUAUGGUCCCACCACUUGAUCUGGGAAGCCUCGCUGACUCUGAUGAGGAGGAUAAUUUCUCACAAGCACCAUGCGGUACAGUCCAUGUUCCUCCUAAUCCACCACGGUCACAGCCUGCUCUGGGUUGGGUUAUGCCGUGUCAAAGACCAUAUAUUCAGCAUCAUCUACAUGAAGUGGAACAGGACGUAAUACCCGAGGAUUUGCCAGCGCCAACAGGCAAAUAUAAGCUAAAGUACCAGCAGUACGCAAGCGAAAUGAAGGACGGCUACAAACAGUACAUUCAGAGGUGUACAGAGAAGCCAAAGGCAGCGAGCAGGCCAGAGUCAAAGGAGCAGGUGGACCAAACCAGUCUGGAUGACCUCAUGUCUUUGGAUAGGAAAGCCCUCCUUCAGCAAGGUUAUGCAGAGAGCCCUUACCGUAGAUGGAGCAGCGCAAGGAAGUCAGAUGUGGAGACUGUGGCUAUCGAGAAGAAGAAAAAGAUCGUUGCAGAGCAAAUGAUGAUAGACCACUUAUCCAGGGCUGUCAUCAGCGAUCCAGAACAAGAUUUAAACACCAAGAACCAAGAGAGUUCUCAUGUCCCUCCAGACUCAGAGAGGGCGCCGCUUCGAGUUAGGAGACGAACCCUGCAUGAUACAAAGAUAAGGACCAACUCCACAUUAACAGAAAAUGACCUUUCUCAGAAAGUCGAAUUCGAAGGGAGGGUCUUAUCAAGAAAUGGACGCGAUGCCUGCAGGGAGCUGAUUGGGUUUUUCUUUACCCACGACCAGUCCCUAACCGUGUAUGAAUAUCGAAUGUUCGGGAAAAACAGAACAAGCGUGCUUCCUUUUAUUAAAAAAGACACUUAUUGUCAUCAGUGUGGACGCGGGAGAGGAAAGCCGUAUGAGCUUGCUGACUUCUAUACCGGUGCAACUUUGACAUUUUUGAGCUGUGAUCAUCCUAGCCUUCCAAAGAGCAUAAAAGAAAAUGCAUUACUUAGACUUCGAAUUACAAAUAUUGAUCAGGUAGCUUUGAAGUCUCUGAAAGCGGCCUCUGCGGAACAUGGGGAAGAGGAUACAGUCAGUCAGGAGGCUCAUGAUCAGCUGGUGCUGCAGGCCAUUCAGGAUAAACUGAAAGAGCAACUGCACAGGAAGGGUGUUCGUAUUUUGACUGGAUUGGGAAAAUACUUACAACGUUUGGACAAGGAAGGGAACGGGCUUUUAGAAAAGGCUGAUUUUCGGCAAGCUCUGAAAACCUUUCACUUAGAAGUGUCUGAACAGGACUUUGAGUCUUCUUGGCUAAUUCUGCAAAGCCGUGGCCCUGGCAAGAACAAGGUUGAUUAUGGAGAAUUCAAACGUGCCAUUUUUGGUGAAAUGAAUGAAUAUAGAAAGUCAUUUGUUCGAAAGGCUUUCAUGAAACUGGACUUUAACAAAACCGGCAUCGUGUCUGUUCUAGACAUAAGAAAGUGUUACUGCGCCAAGAAGCACCCACGUGUGAUUUCAGGGCAUUCAACAGAGGAGGAAAUCAAAUCAUCUUUCCUAGAGACAUUAAAAGAUGCCUGCAGGAAGUAUGGUGAAAUUUCAUACGGUGAAUUUGAAGAUUACUAUGAAGGCCUAAGUAUAGAGGUAGCAAGUGAUGAAGAGUUUGUCCACAUCUUACGUACUCCAUGGGGAAUUUAGUUUUCGAUAGCACACCUUCUCACUGGUACCAAGUAUUUUAUAGAGAAUAUGCAUUUUAUAUAAAAUAUGAUCAGCUUGUAAUAUAUUUUCCGAGAUUCUUUUUAAAUUUUUUUUCAAAGUAGAAUCUGGAGAGGCCAAUUUGGAAAUAGAUGUGUGUUUUUUAGCACACAUGCAUGCCUACCUGUCCAGAUGUUUAUAAAGACAGUUCUUUUUGCUCAUUCUUAGCUUCUCUUAUUAUAUAUCUUAUUACACUUAUAAUUCUUACACUUGUUAUAUCUCUUAUCCUACAAGGAUAAGAUGGUCCUUAUCCUUAUACAUUAUGCUCCUUGUACUUAUUUUAGAAAAGUAGUUAAAAAAUUAGCCUUAAUAGAAAAGUAACAUUUCCAUUAAACUCUAUGAGGGCUUGUAUAUAGUGAUCAUUUUCUGUCCUUUCCCAAUUUUCUUAGAACCUUUCUCUAGAAUACAGUUGUCACCAUUCUCAAUUUAAUGACGUGGGAUUCAGACCAAGGGUGAAGCAGUUAGUGCAACUUGUUUGCAACUUAGGAAAAUAUUCAGUUAUCCGUAAAAGCAAUGUUAAAGUCAGUACAAUGUGGGUGUUUUCCAUGCAUUAUAUUUUGAAUAGUUGGUGUUUACACCUCAAUGUUUAUUUAAAGAGAAUUGUCAUUUAUUUUUUUGUCUUCAAAAUUAUAUACUGCUCUUUGUUCACUGGGAAAGUUACAUUGUAUUUUCUAUUUUAACUGUCAUAUUAUCUGCACACAAAUGUUACUUAUAUGUAAACAACAAAAUGUAGGAAUCUUUGGUGUGUAGAUAUAUUUCCUUAGACUAUUAAAUGAAGAAUUCAAAGAUAAUUCAUUGAGUUUUGUACAAAAUGUAAAAGCAUCCUUUUGUAUCACAAAAUAAAAAUAUGGUAUUCUAAGCAGCUCUUUUUUUGUAUAGUAAACAACUGGAACAUUUUCUUC